ACCGGGCCACCACCACACGCUCCUCACCGCCAAACCAACGCCACCCUCUGAAGCGGCGAACCUUGAACUCGCCGGUCGCCACAUCGCGGUCUUCUCUUAUCCCGCUCCGCGCCCCCGCGCCUGAGGUCGUCAAGCGGCAAAGGCAACGUCAAUUUCCAAUUUCCAAAUCCCAAAACCCCCCAACAAGCCCCCCCGGCGGCUCGCAUUCGUUCGAAUCCUCAGAUCCCCAACGCCCGCCGCGCACCGCCGGAAUCGCCCCGUCCGUCCCCGAAUCAGAGGCCGCCGCCCCCGGCCCGCGCCGCGCGCCGCGCUGCACGCCCCAUGCGGCUGCGCGGCGCCGCGCCAGCGCCACCCGCUGGAGCCGAGCCGGGCGCGGUAGAUGCCUGAGGCGGGCGGGGACUGCCUCGGCGACCUCGGCCUCGGCAAGCGCCAGCUGCUCAAGGGCUGGCCCGACCUGUGGCUCGCGGGGGACAGCACGCCCGGCCUCCGCGCGCGCCCAGCCGCCGCGGCCAUGGCGGCCGCGCCGCCGCACGAGCCCGACCAAACCCUAGCGCUCCCGGACGCGCUGCUCCUCCGCGUGCUCGCCUGCCUCCCGGAGCCCCACCUCACGGGGGCCGCCUCGCUGGUCUGCAGGCGGUGGACGCGCGUCGCGGGCCGCCUGCGCCGCCGUCUUGCCGUGCGGGACUGGGCCUUCGUCGCGCACCGCCUGCCCUACCGCUUCCCGGACCUGGCCGACCUCGACCUCUUCCCGGCCUCCAUCGCCGCGCCCACCGCCGCGGCGCACCACGCCGCCUCCGCCGCCCCUCUCCUCACCUGCGCCGCGGUCUCGCUAACCCUAGACACCAGCGCCGACCCGCCGCUCGGCGCCUGCCGGUUCCUCGACGACAACGCGCUCGACCGGGGCCUCGCCGCCGUCGCCGCCAGCUUCCCCAACCUCCGCCGCCUCUCCGCCACCGCCGCCGCCGAGUCCGGCGGGCUCAUGGCCAUCGCCGGCGGAUGCCCUACGCUGCAGGAGCUCGAGCUCCACCGCUGCACCGACCUCGCCCUCCGCCCGGUCUCCGCCUUCGCGCACCUCCAGAUCCUCCGCAUAGUCGCCGCGGCCCCUGCCCUCUACGGCACCGGUGAGGGCGGUGGCGUCACCGACAUCGGCCUCACCAUCCUCGCGCAUGGCUGCAAGCGGUUGGUGAAGCUGGAGCUUGUGGGUUGCGAGGGGAGCUACGACGGCAUCGCGGCUGUGGGGCGCUGCUGCGCGAUGCUUGAGGAGCUCACCAUCGCCGACCACAGGAUGGACGGGGGGUGGCUUGCUGCGCUCGCUUUCUGUGGGAACCUCAAGACCCUGCGCCUGCAGGGAUGCAGCCGGAUUGACGAUGAUCCUGGGCCGGCAGAACAUCUUGGGGCUUGCCUCACGCUCGAGAGCCUGCAGCUGCACCGGUGCCUGCUGAAUGACCGCCGCGCUCUCCAUGCCCUCUUUUUGGUCUGUGAGGGUGCCCGUGAGAUACAGGUCCAGAAUUGCUGGGGCCUGGAAGACGAUAUGUUUGCCUUGGUUGGCCUAUGCAGGAGAGUAAAAUUCCUGUCAUUAGAAAGGUGCUCACUACUAACAACUCGAGGUCUAGAAUCAGUGAUCACCUCAUGGAGUGACCUGCAGAGCCUAGAAGUUGUCUCCUGCAAUAAAAUCAAGGAUGAGGAAAUAACACCUGCCCUUUCAGAACUAUUCUCCAAUCUCAAAGAGCUGAAGUGGCGGCCCGACAACAAGUCACUUCUUGCUGCGAGCCUCGUAGGGACCGGAAUGGGGAAGAAGGGCAGGGUAUUUUUCAAAAGGCAGAUCUUACCGGCCCACCAACGGAUCAAAGGGAAGGUGCUCAACUAUUCAGCAGGUGUUGCUGCUUAGUUGUUGGAUUGCUGGUAGUCAGGAACUUCGUGCUCAGAAGCUAAAUUCGUCGACUUCAGACCAAAGGCGGCCACAUUUCUUGAUACUCAAAGGGGCCAGUAUGCGAAGUCUGGCACCCGUUCUUCGUUCAGAUCAAAGACACAUCAUAACUAGUCAGAACCUGGUAGUUAGAAGCGCAUUUUCGGUACUGGGCGCCCGACUGUGUUUGUACCUGAGUUGUAAUUGACAAGCUGAGAUUUGCUCUGAAGAGCCUGACCAGAGUAUUUAUGUAUGACCAAAAGCAUUCCUUCAUGAAUUAUAUGCAAACUUUGUUAGUAAUUGAUUGACUGGAUAGAACCUUCAGAAGUUUAUGUUUA